AUGUUUAGCACGGUAAGAAUUGAUAAACGAUUGGGAUAUUACCAAGAAAAAUUUAAUUUAUAUGGAAGUGAAGUUAGAGGUUUAGCGAUAAAACAGCCCAAAUUAAUAACUUACAACUUAGAACAUGUAAAAACAAAUUCCUUUGUUAUUAAAGAAGAAAUGGGGUUUGAGGACAACGAAAUUAAACAACUCAUAUUAAAUAAGCCCAGGUUAUGGAUGAUUGAUCAGAGAUUGUUGUUGGAGAGAAAAAAAGAAGUAUUAAUUAAGAAAAUGCCGGUGCCAGGAAGUGUGUACCAUAAUCAAGGUCCUUCUUGUUUUGAUAAAAUGAAGAUGGGUUUCAUGAUUGGAUUUUGCGUUGGCAUGGCUAGCGGUGGUUUGUUCGGUGGUUUCACAGCUUUAAGGUAUGGAGCAAGGGGACGAGAAUUAGUACAUUCUGUAGGAAAAGUAAUGCUUCAAGGCGGGGGAACUUUUGGAACAUUUAUGGCUAUUGGAACUGGAAUACGUUGC